UAUUCAGUGUUAUGAAAAUGCAAGGUAAAAUUUAAGAAAGAGAAAAAACCGACUGGCAACUGAUGAUAAAAAUAUUUUUUGUAUAAAUUAUUUUUUAUUCAUACCCAAAUGUAAGUGAUCAUAAUUAAUGAUCAACCUAUUUAAAAGUUUUAAGUGGUGGUGUAUAAAUUAUGAGUGACCCUGCUGUAACAACAACAGCGUCAAAUUCAUCCGAUGCACCGUCCACCACUUCGGUAUCGCCGAAAACGGUGGCCAAACCCUCGUUGGCUCAUCAGUCAUCAAAGAAUAAGGUAUGCUUAAAACUUAUAUUGGCUAGUGGAAAAUCAGCAGAAUUCAUAUUUCCUUUAAUUACAUCUGUUGGUGAAGUCACAGAAUAUGUUUUUAACAACUGGCCUGAAGAAUGGACAGAAGAAAAAGAAUCAAUAACGAGUUUCCAUGUUUUAAGAUUAAUAUAUCAAGGAAGAUUUCUCCAUGAAAAUGUCACUUUUAUAGCUCUAAACCUUGCACCUGGAAAAAGAACUGUGAUGCAUUUAGUACCACGUGAAAAAUUACCUCAACUUUCACCUGAUGAUAUGGAGAAAAGUCCAAAAACGACUGGUCGAAGUUGCUGUUGUAUUAUACUAUGAUAUAAAUUUUCUUACUCUGUAUUAUAAAUAUAAUGUAGAUUAAAUUAAACAAUUUUUUCAAUAAUUUAAUGCACUUUUUCAGAUAUAUUAUUUGGAAAGGAAUUGACUUUAAAGCUGACUUAGUGAAAAAAUAAAUAAUAACUUCAGAAAAACAACUUCAAAAUACACAAAGCUUGAAUGUUUCUUAGUAAACUUUGUUAAAUGUAGACAUUAGUGUCAAAUUUAUUUUUCAUAUUAAUUAACCUAAAAAUUUUGUUUUGUACAAGUUAGAUAGCAUGUUAAAAGUUACUAGUCCAUAACAACAAUUUGUAAUUAAGUUUCCUUCAUAAAUUAUUUGUUUUAAAACUAAGACGUUCCAUUUUGUUAGAAAGUUUUCU